AUAUGUUUCGAGCUUUAAGAAAUUGUAAAAAAAAUUAUGCAUUGUCGAACAGUUUAAAACAACAACGGCGAUUCAACAUGGGCGAGUGAAUGUUACCAUACCCCCGGGUUAACCCAAGCCAUGUGAGGGAAAUUGGGGAGAUGGCACACGGUGUGGGCCGUUGGAUGUUGCCGGGAGUUGUCUAGUAGAGCGUGGGCCCUACUAAUUGGGUCUGCGUAGCUCAAAAUGAGCAUUAAAUACUCUAGGACUCUCCAUCUAAGCCAUGGCCCCUCCUGGAAAUAAUAGACAGGGUAUAUCCCUCGAUAUUUGUGAGGCUAGCCAUGUAAAAUAUGCACAUCUAUCUAUCUAUCUAUCUAAAAAGUAUGCUGAAGAAAAAGUGCUGCCUGUACAUGCGUGCGAGAUUUAUUCACCGAACCAUGAAGGAACUUCAGCACUCUAAAAUUUGCAGCAUUUUUGUAUAACUUAUGCAAAAUGGCAGAUUACUACAACUGAAACAAAUAGUUUAUUUUUCAGCCAUUUCAAUGAUGAAGGUUAUAGUUUUAUUUUUCCUAUAUUCACCGAUGACAUUAGCAGUAUUAGAACAAGCAGCAGAUGAUUUUGGGAAUAUCGUAUGGAAACCAGGUAGAUACCGUAACAGAGACGCCAUUCCGUUACCGACGAGAUACGAUCCUGAUAAAAAACACAAACGAGAAACGGAUGAGGAUGAUAAUAACGAAGAUGAGAAUAUAAACGCUAAACCUUCUAAAAAAAGUUUUAUAAAGCAUUUUUCUCUACCGCUUGGUCCAGAAAUUCCAUUUGGUUAUUCAAUUGGAGGUUCAAGAAAAGGUAAAAAAGAUAUAGUUGCACAUGUUCCCCUUGAAGAAAAAUUAAAAGGUGAUACUCUUAAGCCUGUUGCCUUAACCGAAGAAAAGUCCCGUCGUUCAAAAAUUCCAAAGACAUGGGGACUCACGUGGGAGGACCCUUAUCCGCGUUAUCGGUCAGAAGAAUCCGGUUACGAACGAUCGAAUUUGGAAGGGUUGUCAAAUACUGGAAAGAUAUCAGAAGAAGAAUUUGAAUCUGGCCUUAUGGGUAGAGGGCUUGGCGGCAUGAAAGAAAGAGCUCAAAACGAGAUUCUUAUGGAAAAGGUCUUCGAACAAAAAUUAGAAGAUGAAAAUGAUGUCGAAACUGAAAACAGUGCACGACGACGAUUGAAACGUUUUAUAUUUUUCCCUCCACAUAUCCAUCAUUAUGGACAUCAUUCGCAUUACCAUGAAAACGGUAAAAAAAGACCACCAAACAAUGAUCGACAUCCUUCGCACUCCCUUGUGGAGUUUUCAGCAGCAAAUAAUACACUCUCGGUAAUGGGUAGCAUAAAUGUUGCCCCACAAAGAGCACAUGAACCAAUUCAGAAUGUGACGUCGUUGUAUGUUUCUCAACAAUUGCCAAUCAACUCGACUGCAAAUAUGACUGAUGGAGAACAACGCCAAUUUAAGCAAAGGGAAGGCAAAGUCAGUGGAGCCCAAGGUGGAGAUACGACAUCUGGUAACGAAAACGAUGAAUUUGAAUAUCAGCCUCAAUAUGGAAGCGUCCCUGAUGGAGAGUAUGAUAAGCAAUAUCCCAAUGCUGUUGAUGGCUCUCCGUGGCAGUACCAAAAUCAUAACCCACAUCAUAAUGUCUUCAAUCAGCACCUACACAAUCCUUACAAAAUGCAUCGAGCUCAUGGCGAUUAUAAGAAUAUCCAUCCUGCUCAUCCAUAUGAACAGAAAAUGAACCAAACAGUUGAAAAGAAUUAUAAUUUCUCUACACCAUUGUUAGAAGCUAAUCGAUUAAAAAAAACAGAAACACCAGCUCCUUCGGCUCAUAGAUGGAAUUCGAUUAGCGCUGAAUUACGUCACUUCUUAUUUAUCGGCGGUAAAACAUAAGGGCGACAUCGUGACGAAGAUUUGUCUCCUGCAGAAAUCAUAGUUUGAAACUCGGCCUCUUCUUUGACAUGCAAUACAGAUAAGUUGAAAGACAGCAACAAAUGUCACUGUGUAGUAUUAUGAAUCAAAAUCAAGGCCUUUUUGUUUAUUAAAGCAUCAACCUGUUUACUGUUAGUCAGAGCAUGGAUUAAACGUUGGUAUAUCAAAACAACAUUACAUCAGCCUUUAAAUUGUGAUAAUUAAAAGGUGCUAGAGCAAUAUCAACUUGCACACGGAAAGUACAUACAAUGUAUAAUCUUUAUAUAUAAAGAUACUAAAUAUAUAAAAUACUUUAAUAAUA